AUGUGGUCGUGUCUACCGCUGCUGCUGCUCGGUCUGCUCAGACCAUCCACCGCUGAAAUCUCCCUAACACAGGUAGGCUGUUUAUUAUUCACCCACUAAACUACUUCACAAAUUGCUCUGCAGGUAGGUGUACGAGGAAGCACGUGGCAGUUCUUUACAGUAUGUGAUGACGACGUUGGUUUUAGGAUGCACCGUUAAGUGCACGCGCGAUUUUAAGCAUAAUUAUCCUGUAGAAGAACAAAAUGUCUCUCGUGUAUAACGUAAACCAUAAAGUUAGGAGUUGUUACCUGUAUGUUCAGUAUUGUUGUCACCGUCGACAUAUGUUCAAAAUAGGAGGUAGAACAGAAAAAUAAUACACUUAUCACUGUCUCUCUGAAAUGGACAAUAACACCUGCCGUCUUAAUAAAACUUUAUAGUGGUUAGAUUCACCUUUUGUCUUGACCCGCUCAUUACCAUUUAUUAUGGCGUCUGGAUUUUCUAGUGUCGCACUAGAUAGACUUGGUUUGGUCCUGUUAAUGAUAUUAUGACCUCUUUACUGAUUGGAUAUGCGCACAAACCUGACCCCUUUUAUUGUCAGGUACAGAGGGGUAUGGAGUUAUUGUUGCUACGCCACUAGGUUUUAAGAAGGUGUGUGUAGGCGUGAAUAAAGUUAUGUAAACAUCUGUUGCUUUAUUCUGUGGUCACCAUACUAGUCCGCAUGUUUGAGCUAAGAAAUACUUAAAAAAUGUUAAAGAAGUGGCUUCUAAAGUGAAGUGGAUAACGUACUUGCAAAAAAUUGUUGUAAUUUAAGUGCUUCUGGCUCUUUGGGAGCAAUGUUUACCUGCUCUGUUGACACUGGGCUUGAGUUAGGCAUGCGACUGUGUUUUUCCCACAUCAGAACAACAGAGUUGUGGGUCAGGUGAAAGAGUCACCUGACCCUGGUUUGUCUCCAAGUUUAAGUUAAACAACUGCCUGUUUUUUUAUAUAUAUUUUUUAUUUUAUUUUAUUUUAUUUUUAAAUUGUCAUUGUGACCAAUUACUGAAACAGAUAAUAAACACUUUGAUUUGUCUUUUGGACCAUUUUAGGCAUUCCUCAGAACAUUUAAAGUGUUUGCUGUUCAGGAAUCAUUUCACUCAGCGAGGAUAAUAUCUUAACAUGUUUACAAAGGUUUUUAGAAUCACACAACAGCAUUCAAAAAACCUCUACAUAACCUAUUAAAACUGCUUUUUUUCUUACUCGGUCAAGUAAAAUGUAAACUCUUAUAAUAUCUUGUAAUGGCUUAACAGAAUUUCAAACACAAGUUUUUAUACAAUUUAACCUGGUAUUCAUCAAAAUAUGUGGGAAUUUAAUGUGGAAUCCAAAUGGAGGCCUUCCACUGGCUGAAAAAUGAGAAGUGUAAUAAAUGCAAAUCCACAAGCAAAUAGUUGACGCAUCUUGUACCGCAGUAAAAACUGAAACAGAAGACUCUUACCCUGACUCUUUAACAUUCAAAGUAACUCACACGAGAGAUAAUACACAAAGAUGCUGCUGCUGGUUGUUGACCGGGCAGAACAAAUAUAACCUGUUGACCUGUCUCUGUACCCCCAGCAAUGUGAAACGUCCACAGAUGGAACCAUUUACCAAUACAGCGCCAAAACCCUGAAUGGAAGUCAAACUGUGCGCUUCAGCGACUAUGUGGGCAAGAGCGUCCUCUUCAUCAACGUGGCCACAUACUGAGGAUACACCUAUCAGUAUGUGGGUAAGAGGCAGCAUUUUAGUAUCUGUGAUGAGAUGUUUUAUAUAUAUUUAAAAAAAAAAAAAAGUGUUUCCGUGUAAAUGCAUUUACUCUUCUUUUUUCAGAACUGAAUGCACUACACGAAGAGAUGAGGCCUCUUGGACUCACACUUCUUGGAUUUCCCUGCAACCAAUUUGGACGACAGGAACCAGGGCAAAAAAAUGAAAUCCUGCCAGGUUUAAAGUAAGAAAUGAUUCCCUUUAAUCACAAAUCCAUCAGUCCCCAUAUUCAGCCCAGUAGGACAGAGCUAUGUAUUGUUAGUUAGAAACAACCCUCCAAAAUCAGCCUGGAGACUUUAAAGUGUAUAACAAUAGCAGAACAGAAGCUCAGGUAUGUUUUUCAGUCUGAAAAAAGUUGGAAACACGAGAAACCCUCCAAUUUUCAUUCACAAGCUUUUAACAGACAGUACAUAUAUUGUGAUCCCAUGUAACAUAAUAAUCUUGUAAGAGGGAUAUAGAGAGGAAUUUGCAAUAAAGCCAAUCCUCUUGUCAAUCAACACAGCGUAAUUUCACGAGGAAGAAACAUCCUUUGGCAAAAAGAUCAGUUUUCAGCAAGUGGCCCCUCUAAUACCCAUAGAUUUAAUGUGUCAGGUUUCAUGUCACAGCUUCCGAUCCAUGAAGCUGUUGAACUACACCGUGUGGUUUUGCUCAGCUUGUACUGGAGCUGGAGCAGCUUCCAGGAAACAAUGCUCAGAGGAAUUUCUGCUGAUAAGCUGCCCUCUCUCUGGAUUUCAGAUAUGUGAGACCCGGCAAUGGAUUUGUUCCAAACUUCCUGCUGUUUGAGAAAGGUGACGUGAAUGGGAAAGAUGAGCAAGGAGUGUUUACCUUCCUCAAGGUACGUAACACUCGACCGGGAAUGUGUGCAAUGUUAGACGUUUAUGUUGUUUUAACCAAAGGUGGGCUGUUUAACUGUUUUUAUUUCUAUAUGUUGAUGCUAAAUGCAUCCUCCUGGUUGGACUUGUUUAAUACCUUGAUAGCAUGCUUACAGUCGGCCUGAAAAUGAGGUAUUUAUAAUAUAAACACAAAUAAAGCAAUGACCAGGAGUUUGGUUCUGAUUUUAGCCAGUAAAAAACACUCAGUUUGCCCUAAGGUAUGAAGACUGAGGAGUUGAUUUACUGUGAUGCAAAUUGUUGGUUUACCUAACAAACCAGCUGCUCUGAAGAGCAGAUCCUGUACACAUACAGAUCUGUAAAUGGAGUCUUUCAGUCAACAGCGCACAAACAUUUUUACCCUCUCAUUCUAAACCUGUGCUUCCUGUCACACAGAACUCCUGCCCUCCUGUUGGAGACACCUACGCCUCAAAAGAAAAACUAUUCUGGGAGCCUCUGAAAACCAAUGACAUUAAGUGGAACUUUGAAAAGUUUCUGGUGGGACCAGACGGUAAACCGGUGAUGAGGUGGCACCCCAGUAUCAACAUUUCCACCAUCCGAGAUGAUAUCCGCAAAUAUCUGCUUGACCUUCUCACGCAGGAUGUUUUUAAUUAG